AUGCGUCUCUCUUGUGCCAUUGCCUCCUCUCUGCUGGCAGCAACUACUCUUGCCACUACAAACAGCAGGUUCUUUAGGCGAGCCAGUGAUUCAGGCUACACGCUCAAGGAAGGCCCUUUGGAUACACCAUGGACGAGCAAAGUCGGCACGAAUCCAUGGCCAGAAUACCCUCGACCGCAGCUCCAACGUUCAGAAUGGAAGACACUUAACGGAGUAUGGCGCUACCAGAAUGCGACCAGCUCGGACGAUGUAAACCGGCCACCAUAUGGUGUCAAUCUUACAUCUCCAGUAUUGGUCCCAUUCUGUCUGGAGAGCGCGCUCUCAGGCGUCAUGGCCAAGUGGGCCAUCAAUAGCUGGUACCAGACCUCUUUCACUGUUCCAUCAUCGUGGUCUGGCAAUCGCGUGCUUUUGAAUUUUGGAGCUGUGGAUUAUGAAGCUACAAUCUUCCUGAAUGGCCAGCAAGUUGGCUUCCAUCGUGGCGGAUAUUUCACUUUCACAAUUGAUGUGACCGACCACUUGUCCGCAAAUGGUACGAAUGAGAUGUUCGUUUUUGUGCAUGAUCCAACAGAUAUGGGUGAUGUCCAGAUCCCGAUUGGCAAGCAGACUCUUCACCCAUCACAUAUUUUCUACACCCCAUGCAGUGGGAUUUGGCAGAGCGUGUGGCUUGAAUCGGCUCCUUCCAAUCAUAUUACCCAGCUAGAUGUUAGUGCAGACAUGAACGGAAGGGUCAAUGUCACAGUCCACGCCUCUAACAACGGGAGCACACUUGUGGAGAUCACCAUCUAUGAGCCAAAAUCUACGGCUGUCAAGACCACUGCCAAGGGGACCUCUGGUGGCGCGUUCCAGUUCACAGUGGAUUCGCCUGAUCUGUGGUCGCCCGACCAACCCACUUUGUACAACAUAACAGUUAAAAUGGGUGAUGACACGGUCCAGAGUUAUACUGGAUUCAGGACUAUUUCCAAAGGCACGGUAAAUGAUGUCCAUCGUGUGCUCCUAAAUGGCGAAGUGAUAUUUCCCUUUGGAACCCUAGACCAGGGUUUCUGGCCAGAUGGGAUUUACACAGCUCCAAGCCGAGAGGCCAUGAUUUAUGACUUACAGGUGUUGAAAGGGGUGGGGUACAAUAUGCUUCGCAAGCAUUUAUUUGAGCCUGCUUUAUUCUACCAAGCAUGCGACGAAAUAGGUAUCAUGGUCAUUCAAGAUAUGCCUUCGCUGCGGACUCAAGUUCAGCGACCUGGUUCGACUGCGUGUAAUGAUGGCGUACCUGUUGGCUAUGCAAGCGCACAAGCAGAGUUCGAGAGAGAGCUUCCAUUACUUAUUGAACAACACAAGAGCUACCCUAGCAUCAUUACCUGGAUUAUCUAUAAUGAAGGUUGGGGUCAAGAAGUUGACAAGGAAUAUCCAGAAUUCCGAUUGACUAAUUUAAUCCGUUCGCUCGAUCCCACUCGGCUCAUUAAUUCGGUGACCGGAUGGGAUGAUCAUGGGGCUGGUGAUUUCCACGACAACCACCAUUACGCAAAUCCACAAUGUGGAACGCCAUUCUACUCAACUGCGUCAACUCCUUACGAUGGAAAACGAAUCGGAAUUCAGGGUGAAUUCGGGGGUAUCGGUAAUAACGUUUCGAUCGAGCAUCUUUGGAAGGUCCAACCAUCCAUAAAUGCCAUAAACCAAACUUAUGAACUCGACGACACGGUCGAGAUUUGGAACUACCGCGCUCACGUCCUGCUCAUGGAGUUGAAGGACCAGAUCGACCGGUUCGCUUGUUCCGGCGCUAUUUGGACGCAGACUACUGAUGUCGAGGGCGAAGUCAACGGAAUGGUGACUUACGAUCGACGCAUCAACCGCAUGAACAUCGAUCAGUGGAAGUCUGAUAUCAAAGCUCUUUAUGACGCCGUCGCAGCGAGAUCGGACAACUCGAGUAUGAGGAUGAUGCCGAGGCAAGACGGCAUCGGAAGCUUGUAG